UGUAUGUCUUCAGGAGAACUCCCAUAAGAAAAGAAAACAUUAUUUUCUUCUUUAGUUUAGAAGAAAUAGGCAGAGAUUGAUGCAUAAAAGAUAUAAAAUAGAAUUCUGUAAUUAAAAAUGGAACAUGAAAAAGUUUUAAAGCACAUUCAAUAAGAUGAAUAGAGAGCUGAAGAAAUUUAUCGUCAUAGAGUAGAAAUCUAAAUGAAAGUAAUAUUCACCUUUAUUAUUUUGUUUAGAAAGAAAAUAAAAUGAAAUAGAAAUAAGCAUAACCACCACCAUUCUCAUUGGCUGUUUCUCAUCAUUAAAGAGAAGUAUUAAAGAAAAUAAAGGAAGAUGAAUUAUAAAAAAAGAAAUCUGAAGCUAAGAUUUUUAGAGAAUAAUUAAAGUAGGAUUUUAAGAGUGUUUAAUUAUAGAAAAGUUUAGAUCAAGAAGGUUAACGCAUUAAAGCAAUUUAAGUUAAAGAAGAAGAGAGAUAAUCUACAUAAUUGGCUGUUGCCAAAUUAAAGUAGAAAAGAGAGAGAGUAAGAUAUGAAAUAGAAAAUGAAAAAGAUAGAAUAGAAAAAGAAAAGGAGUUAUAUGAUUUAAAAAUUUAAGAAUUAGAAUAACUUGAACAAUUGGCUAUGAUGGAACUUUAAAAUUCUUUAGCUAGAUAACAGAAAGCUUAAGAGAAAAUUUAAUAAGCAUAGAAACUAUCACCCAGUGAUUAUGAAAAAUAAUAUUAAAGUAUUUAGAAGGCAGGUGCCACAUAAUGA